GAAACUUGGACCACACUGAAGACAGAAGUCCAAAACUAUUACAAGUCUUCCUUGAUGCAAGGGAUAAUGAUGGCGACACAUUCUGGGCUUCUCAAACAAAGCCAAUAGUGGUACAAGGAACAGACAUCAUUGAUCUUGUGGAAGAAAACUACAUGAGUGAUUCUGUAAUCAAAGCGUACAUGGAGAUUUUGCAAAUGGAACUUGAAAAUGCAAACAUACAUAUUGCAGCGUUCCUGGAGAUUGAAGCAUCGUUUUAUGCGAUUAAACAUGAAGAGGAAAGAGGAAGCAUAGAUUACAAGAACCAAAUAAAGUUGUGCUUAAUUGAACCUUUGUGGUAUGUAUUUGACUACAACAAGGUUCUUAUCCCAAUCCACCAUUGCACAAACCACCACUACACACUGCUUGUGGUUGAUAAUGAGAAAAAGAGGAUUAUGCACAUGAACUCUUUGCAACCUCCAGAGAAUGAAAGGGAUGAGGAGGAAAAAUUCCAUAAGAAGGCUGGAUAUAUGAAACAUCUCAUGAAGUUUCUCCAAGAAGUAGAAUUGUCAAACAAACAUUAUCCGGACGACAGCCAAGAAGCGGAUAUUGAGAAUUAUAGAUAUAAGAGUGUUGGCGAGACAAAUCAAGGGGAUUUGGAUGAUAGAAUCCUUCCGAUGAAUGACAUGGAGAAAAUGGUAAGAAGAUGGGUGCUUGACAACUUCGAAGCUAUUAAAGAAUACAAGCUGGAGGAAGACUUUGACUGUCCUCAACAAAAGUCACUAUCGUAA